CUUUAAAUUCUCUACAGGAUCCUCACGAUUGCACAGACUCCCUUCAGAUUUCACUAUUACAGAGAAGGGCAGAAGAAGCUGAGCCCUCAGUAGCGCAGGAGGCGAGGUCGCUGCAGGCCAUUCAAAAAGCUCAAGGGACAUGAUUUGAACCAUUGUCACUGAUAUAACCUAGGAAUCACAGUGACCAAUCUGUGCACAGCAGGAUCCCACUAUUGAAAUAAUGACCAGAUGAACUCUGCUAGUGAGGUUGGUCAAAAGGCACUGGUAUUGGAUUAUAGGAGGCUCCUGGCCUAGACUAAAGAUGAACCACUUGCUCAUACUGUCUGUCCUGGCAGUGUUGCCUUUGAUGGAAGGCCAAGAAAUCACAAGUCUGACUGCCUGCACCAGUGCGACCAACGAUUUGAAUCUUAACUGCAACUACAAGAAAAAGAGCACUGGGACCAUCUACUAUGAGUGGAGUGUCCUCACGGCAAAGAACCAAACACUGGUGCUCGCAAGCUCAAUGCAUCCAAACAGCGUGGCACCAGUUUACAAGAAUCGGGCAAAAGUAACCAAGACAGAUUCUCAACUAACUGUCACCUUGACUGGGUUUGGCACUGCUGACGAUGGCAAGUAUACUUGUCAUCUUUUUCCCAGUGGUGAUACAAUGCCAGAGUACAACAAAACGAUUUCAGUUAUGAAAGCAACUGUUCAAACGUGCGGCGCCUCUGGGCUUCUGCUGAACACUCCUUGGAUGCUGAGUCUACUCUUGUUUCCUGUUAUUCAAUCCCUGGAUGUCUAGACCUGUGGAAUUCAAAAUGAACUAAUUAGCAACUUAGAAAGAACAGGCAUGACUGCAUCUCCUCUAAGGAAUGAGUGAUUGUUCUGCUGAUUUCUUUCCCCCUGGCAUUCUUGUUUAUUUUAUGUUAAUUUUCUGUCAUGUCAGUCACUUCAAGCAGAAACAUGGUUUCGAUAAGUCAGUCACAGUCACGUGCAUAGACCCUGGAGCUUCCGGCAAGCUCCACUCUCAAGUUCUGUUGACCUUAAGGUGGUAUCGGUGGUGGUGUUGGCACAUGGUCACCCUUCAGAAAGUUUUCAAGGCCAUGAAGUAAUAUCUAGGUUGAAGGGUUCUCAUAAUCACCUCAUUGUGGGGGUACAGCAAGGGAUAAGGGCAGGGGGAGCAAUAGUGAACCAUUUAGGUUCACGGUUCCAGGAGAUGUUAGAGCCUGACUGAUUCUCCAAGACCUGAGCCAGGAUCUGCUCCAACACUGACUGUGACUCUUUCGAACAAAGCAAAAUAAAGUAUCAAUAUAAGUGCUUUGGCUUCUAUUGAAUGUAAUGCUAGCCUGCUCAGGUACAUACCAGUUACUGUAUAUAUUGAGGAAUCCAGCUCUGAAUAUAUUUUCUAUGUAGGCUGAAUACUGUGUGUCAGAUAUUUUUAAUUGCCAAUACCCAAUAAAUGUUCAUUUUCUUUUCUCAAACAGAAAA